AUGGACGCCUUCUCUUGUGCUUUUGAUGAUGGCAAAUUUAAAGGCAUCUCAUGCAGUUCCACAGAUUUCAAUCAUCUACUUUAUGCAAAUGAAGUGUUGGUGUUUGGAGAGGCUAAGAUGGAAAAUGCUAUAAAUCUCAAAGCCACACUUGAUAAUUUUGCUGCUUCUUCAGGGUUGAGCAUUAAUGAGGCUAAAUGUUCUAUUAUCUUUUCUCAGAAUACUUGCAUUGCUAAUGUUUCCAACCUCCUUGGCUUCUCCAUGUCUGAUCACACCAUCAAAUAUUUGGGCCUCCCUAUCUUUACCAAAAAUCUUUCUGCUGCUCACUUCCAACCACUACUGAGUAAAUUUACUACUCUACUUGCUUGUUGGAAAGUAAAAUUUUUAUCUUUUACAGAUAUGAUCCAAUAUUUGAAGUUUACCAUUGCCAAUACCAUUGCCUACUGGAUUAGAGCGGCAAUUCUACGUAAGCACUGUUUUAAAUCUAUUGAUAAACUUUGCUCUAAGUUUCUCUUCCACGGUUCUACUUCAGUGAAAAAGCUGCACCUAAUUGCUAGGAAGAAAACUUGUCUUCCCAUUGCUGUCGGUGGCCUUGGUAUUCCUGACAUCCAAUCCAUCUCAUUUGGAUUUGGAUGCACCUUCAUUUGGCGGCUUUCCAUCUCUAAUUCUCUGAUUGUUGACUGGUUUAGAUAUAAACAUGUUUCUCCUUGGAAACCAUCUUCUUCUAAAGCUUCUUAA